AUGAACUGCUCUCUGAAUGCCACCAUCGGUCCACAGCCGGGACUUGCCCUGGGCCCAGAGGCUGGAAGUGGAGGCCCCCAUGAGAGCAGUCCAGGUGCCGGUGGUCCCGCAGGAGGCGGGGGCCUUUGGGUCACGUCCCUGCUCGGUGCUACGUUGAUGAUCAUGUGCGUUUUGGGUGUGGUAGGAAACGCGUACACGCUAGUGAUAACGCGUUCUGCCGCUCUACGCCGCACCGGAUCCAUGUACGUUUACAUCAUUAACCUGGCUCUGGCGGACCUGCUCUACCUGUCCACCAUCCCGUUCGUGGUCUGCACCUACUUCGCCCACGACUGGCUGUUCGGUGAAGCCGGCUGCCGCAUCCUGCUAAGUCUGGACCUCCUCACCAUGCACGCAAGUGUUUUUAUUUUGGUUGCUAUGAGCGCCGAACGCUAUCGUGCCGUAGCGAGGCCCUUCAGCGCUCACCGAUCCUCAUCCCGUGGACGUAAGCUAGUGGCAGGAACUAUCUGGGGCUUAGCGUUCAUGCUAACUCUUCCCAUGAUGGUGAUGAUUCGACUCAGAGAAGGAAAACCCACCGUGGCAGGUCUGGUUAAGAGGAUCUGCUUCCCUACCUGGACCCCCGAGGCCUUCAAGACAUAUAUCACCGUCCUGUUUUUCACAAGCGUUCUACUUCCGGGACUGAUCAUUGUCGGUCUGUACACGGGGUUAGCUAGACGCUACUGGGCAGCACAGGCGACCUUAGGAGGUAGCAGCCGCUCGGCCCGGAGGAGAGGUCUCAAACAAAAAGUUAUAUCCAUGGUCUUUAGCAUCGUGGUGGCCUACUGGGCAUGUUUCUUGCCUUUUUGGGGAUGGCAGCUGGCCAAACUGUUUUCUCCGGAGUCCCUCAGGGCUCUGUCUCCGGCUGCUCACAAUUAUGUCAAUUUCUUUGUGACAUGUUUGACCUACGGGAACAGUUGCAUCAAUCCCUUCCUUUACACACUCUUGACUCGGAACUAUAAAGACUACUUGGCCCAGAAAGGUCAGUCGGUGAUGUCGAGCAGAGUGGACCUGGGGUCAGCUGUUAGCACGCCCCUGCAGGACCUCUAA